AUGGCACGCCAUGGCCCCUUAGGAAUUCUCCACUUCCCCGCAAACACGGUCGCCUCAGCUCCAUCACCAUCCAAAUCAUUCACACCUCACCAACUGGGGCAACGUCAUCCUGCAACUCACGAGCCGACAAUUAUCGGUCGCGAGAAGGAUGGCAUGGAUUACGAACAGCAUAUCGGUUAUUUCAAGCUUCAUACCAACCCCCACAUCGCUCAAACAUGUCUUCAAUGCAAACAGCGUAAGGUGCGUUGCGACAAACCACCAGGGACCUGUCGCAAUUGUCGACGGCUGGGUUUAGCUUGCUCUCUCAAUAAUGAUGACCACCAGCUUCGCGAGAAGCCGCCCAUUUUAAGGAAACGCCUCAGAGGAGCUCGCGCCUGCUCUUCCUGUCGUCUUAAGAAGAUCAAGUGCUCGGGGACGCUUCCAACAUGUGUCGCAUGUCAGCAGAAGGACAUCAGAUGCACUUAUCCGCCGCUUAAGCGUUAUCAACGCGCUCGAGAAGGCUAUUUGUUUAACGAAUCCACGCCGGAGGACGGGGCGCCUCAGCAACGCGAAUGUUCCUUUCUGGAAAGAGAAGGACGCUUACAGGCUGUCUCCGAAUACUCAAGCAGUCCUCCCGCCACUGAAUUAGCCGAGCAGUACCAACAACAGCAUAAGGAACCGGAGCAGCAACAGGAGCUUGAACACGAUCAUCAACACGACCUAGUGAUCGAUGAGGAGCAUGAACGUGAGCACGAGCGUCAGCACGAACAGGAAUGUAGUGUGGAGCAGGAGCGACGACGAGAACGAGAACAGGAACAGGAAUUGGAGCCGGAACACAGAUGGGGAUGGACUUACCAGCGCCAGCGCCAGCGCCAGGAUGAGGACGAUCGGCGACUGGAGCAUCAACAGCAUCAGCUGCGAAGAACAGAACUGCAUCGGCAGCGGCAAUCUGCGGGACAUCCUGCAAGGUGCGAAGAAACAGCAACAAUGCCGCUGUCUUCACCCGCGGACUCAACAGUGUCGUGGCAUCCAUCAUCAACAGGGUCUGUAACAAGAGGCUCAGGGUAUGGUGGCCCAAGCCGCGAUCAAGUAGACACCCUCCUUGACGUCUUCUUCAAGUUCAUUUAUCCCAUGCCAUCAUACGCAUUUUUACAUCCAGAAACCACCAGGAGAAGAUGCUGUUCUCAUGAUGUGCAUCGUGCCCUUCCUGCUUCUAUUUGCGCGGUUGCAAUAUUGUACCUGCGCAGAGAAGUCGAUCUCGAUCUUGAUUAUCGACAGGACUCGAGUCGAAAAGCGCUCAGCCACAUUGUUGCCUCCGCUGAGGAUACCGGUGCGUGGAUCAGGAUGGCCGAGGAGAGCAUCUGGCGAAGUCUCGAAUCGCCGAGUAUAACCAAACUCCAGGCGCUUCUCCUCGUAAUUCACUAUUACAUAGAAACGGAGCUUUUUCAGAGGGCUUUCAUGUUGACAGCCACGGCUGCUCGCUUCGCCACGACGAUGCGACUCAAUUACGAACGACAUGACCUUUCGCCAGUUGCGCGAGAGGUCCGACGUCGUACUCUCUGGUCCCUAAAGAUGGUUGAGCGCUAUUUCUCUACGGGCCUUGCCGAGUUCGACUCGUUACCACUAGAGGUCAUUUACAUCGAUUUUCCAAGGAGCGAGGAAGACUUCAUGGCAAUGACCCAUGGUCGCGAAAUUUAUGCUACUGGCAAGGGUGAAGCCAACGGCGAUUAUCACAACUACCAUGGUGAGGGGGGCACCUACGGGCUCAUUAUGCAAUUGGAAGCAAUUCGACGUGAUGUGAUGAAGCUUUCUAGGAGCAUCGCGCUGCUGGAAACGCCUUUGUGUAAUCUCACAGACCUCAUCAGCCACCAUUUACAAACACUAGCAUGCAUGGAGAAACCAGCUCCGAUCCUGGGAGCUCACUUAAGCGCGGAUGAAGCAUUCGAGUCCCCUGGCUGCAGUAGCAACAGAGACAGACCAAUCUCCCGAUGGCUGCCCCGUCUAUUGCUGGCCCACAUCUCCUGGCACCAAGCACACUGCGACAUCAACCGCAUCCUUUUGCCUGGGUACUCAGAAGCUGCUCCCGCUGCUGUGCUCGUUGGCCAUGACCACCAGGCCCUCCUUGCUGCUGAGGCUCAAUGCUUGCAUCACGCAAUGCGAAUCAUCUACAUACUCACCGCGCUCAACCAGCAUAGCACACAACACCAUCUCCUCGAAUUCGACACAGCUAUUUGUGCUUAUCAUGCCACCCGUCUGAUCCUCUUCAUCUCUCGAUUCGGCCAAGGACCUGCUCGGCCGUCACCGGAAUUUGCUGUUAGCCGUGCCGAGCUUUGCCUAGCUGCGCUCAAGAGGUUUUUCCGAUUCUCAGCGCUCGUUAGUCCCAUCAUUGGAGAACUGGAGGAGUCCAUCGCCAUCUUCUCAGAGCAGCAAAAAAAGAAACGAAACUUUCCUAGCGAUCAGCCGGAGGCGGCUGGAUUUAUUCACGCGACAGCGAACCAGGGGUCGGCUGCCGCAGCGAAUGCAACACCUUUUGUGGGAACUCUAUCUAAUAAAACCCCACCAGGUUUCUCGGGAGUCACAACAAACGAGACAGGCACACCCAACUCCUGCCCAGCUACUGCACCAGCGAUCAACAGCGAACACACAGAGGGUCGGGCUCUGCAGAGUGACGCCCAUCAACUGUCCACGCUACAGAGUCAAAACAGAUCAGACGGCCAUUUUUCCGAAGCUGUGCGUGCCCGGCAGCGCUUAGCUGUACACAGUCUAUUGCGCCGGGCUGAAUUGUCAAAUGUUGGACGCGAUGACGAAGAAUACCAGAGGUCCCAUAUUGACGAAGUAACUCUUGGUUCUGAUACAACACCUCGGCGUCCGCCUUUUACAAUGGAGGAUGACCAUCACAGUCCUCCCAUCCGGGGAAACCAUGGCACUUCUGAAGAGGAGAGACCUCGCGUGGUUGACGCAUCGACCGCUACCGCUGAUGCGACCGCCGGUUUGCAAUCAACAGUUCCCAAUCCGAAAACGUACUCCACGGCCAACAAUCAUGCUACAAAAAAUAAGUCUCGACCCCAUACGGCCCGGUUUCAAGAUCAAGAGCCAUCGAGCACUCGCAGCUCUACUGUGCCGGGUCUCUUCGCGUGGUGGGCUCCCCAGGACUGGGCAUGGCUCCUGGAGGAUCAACUCAUGGAAUUGGGCGCAAGCACGUAAGCGGCAAAUCAUGUUAUUAACUCUCUAUGUAGCGCCUGUGUUAUCGGCGGAAGUGCGGGUCAUCUCGUUAUAUGUAAAGAAGGAAUAUUGCAAGAAAUGCUACGAUCCUUUCAUUGAGACAUUGCUUUGACUACAAAGGCUAAGCCUUAGAAUCUUCCAAUGGCAUCGUUGCAGCUGCCAACUUAUCAGGAAACACUCAGUCUGGCGGGAAACGUGUGCCGUUCUUGUAUUGUAUUUGGCCUACUGCUUCCUGGAGAUCUGGUCAGAAAAUAUUAUAUCCUACGUAUUAGUGUUGCUAG